AUGGCUCGCAUCCAGGGCACGACGCGCGCAUGUGGGCGUCGUAGCUUUGGCAAAUCGCAUGCGUUGCUUCCCCGUAUCGUGUCGUCCUAUCGCCACCCUCCUUUCCAGCUGUCUUACUGUCAAAAGCCCCGGGAGCCGCAGCCGCAGCCUCAGCCUCAGCCUCAGCCCCAGAACCCGGCGCUCGAUAGGAACGCCGACCUAAAUGAUAUUUACCGCAGACCGGGUAACGUCUGUGGCGCCAAGCGCGACGUUGCCCCCGCCGCAGCCGCCCAGCCCCGCGCCAUCCUGACCCCGAGGAGAAGGCGGAAUGCAGCCGGCCCGGCUUCAGAUGCGUCACCCGCCGCGAGCGCGAGCAGCGCCGCGUCAAGGCCAGCCAGGCAGCAGUGUGCCUAUGGUGUCAAAUGCUCUGCGUCACCUGUCUCUAAUCAGCCGGAGCCAGGCCCGGGCGCUGGCGUCCUGCUGCGCGAGGUCGUCCCUGGCGGUGUCCGAGUUCGGGGGUCGGGCGACGGACAGCGGGUUGAAGAUGCAGAUGCCGUCGCGCUGCGACCGCCGGACACGCUCCCCCCACUGCGCUGCUCGGCCAACCCUCUAGCUCCUGGCAGGCCAUAUCACAAGCACACGCAGUCAUAUUAUGCAGGUUCCGAGGCUUUUUCGGUGCAGGCGGGCGGCGAGGGUGAACUGGCUGAAGUUUUCACCAUGCUCUCGGGUAAUGCGCGGGGGGGCCGGGGCGGAAACGAGCCCUGA